CCGGGAGGAGGCGGAGGCGGCGGUGCUGCGAACCGCGGCGGCGGUAGCGGCGGCGGCGGAGGCGGGCGCUGGGGGGGGUGGGAGGGGGGGGAGCGCGAGCCCAAAAGCCAGCGAGAGAGGGAGCGAGCGGUGCGGCGCGUCGCGGCGCGCGCAGCCCAUGAGGCGGUGAGAGGCCUGGGGCCUGUCUCGGAGCAGCGCGCGGCGCCGGCCAGCAGCGGGCCGCCCUUCGUGGGCCCGGGCCCGGGCGCGGCGGCCGCCCGUGGAGAAGCAGGUCGGGGCGGUGGAAGCUGUGCGUCCGGGCCCCCCGCCAUGGAGGGCAUGGACGUGGACCUAGACCCCGAGCUCAUGCAGAAGUUCAGCUGCCUGGGCACCACAGACAAGGACGUGCUCAUCUCCGAGUUCCAGCGGCUACUCGGCUUUCAGCUCAACCCGGCCGGCUGCGCCUUCUUCCUGGACAUGACCAACUGGAACUUACAAGCGGCAAUUGGCGCCUAUUAUGACUUUGAGAGCCCGAAUGUCAGUGUGCCCUCCAUGUCCUUUGUUGAAGAUGUCACCAUAGGAGAAGGGGAGUCAAUACCCCCUGAUACCCAGUUCAUAAAAACAUGGCGGAUUCAGAAUUCUGGGGCAGAAGCCUGGCCUCCGGGGGUUUGUCUUAAAUAUGUCGGGGGAGACCAGUUUGGACAUGUGAACAUGGUGAUGGUGAGAUCACUAGAGCCCCAAGAGAUCGCAGAUGUCAGCGUCCAGAUGUGCAGCCCCAGCAGAGCAGGAAUGUACCAGGGACAGUGGCGGAUGUGCACUGCUACUGGACUCUACUAUGGAGAUGUCAUCUGGGUGAUUCUCAGUGUGGAGGUGGGUGGACUUUUAGGAGUAACGCAGCAGCUGUCAUCCUUUGAAACGGAAUUCAACACACAGCCACAUCGCAAGGUAGAAGGAAACUUCAACCCGUUUGCCUCUCCCCAAAAGAACCGACAAUCAGAUGAAAACAGCCUAACAGACCCUGGGGGUUCCGAGUUCGACUCGAUCAGCAAAAAUACAUGGGCUCCUGUUCCUGACCAAACCGAGCAAGAUCAGGAUAGACUGUCACAGAACUCUGUAAAUCUGUCCCCCAGCAGUCACGCAAACAACUUAUCAGUAGUGACUUACAGUAAGGUAGGUGCCCUCGGAGAAGGGGCAGGUGGCGGGCCCUGGGAUUCGUGAUGCUCCUUCCUGCAAACCUAGGACGCUAGACCAGCGCUGCCCACAACGGACUGGCUCCCUAACUACUCAGCACACCCAUCGCUAGCCUCUCCCUCCCCAAGUGCCCUGUGGCUGCUGCUCCAUCCCCCUGUGAUUUACUUCUGUCUCUGUUCCACUCGGGCGCUGAACUGAGGCUCUUUAUCGUUAAUAUUUUUAGGACGGUCAGAAUCGUUAGUAGUGCUUCCGGGGCAGGAGUGUACUGGGCUUAGCCAUUGGGCACCUGUAUGCAGCAGGCUCCUGCUGGGUUUUCUUGCUUUAGGCAGGUUUCCUCUGAGUGAAAAGUCAAGCUCGGUUAUUUUAUCUUAAGAUGUUGUCUGUGACUGUGUACUCUGUCACAUAGUGUGUGUUGAUGUCUUCAGUUUGCUUUGGCUCAUGACUUCCUCCCCCGCACCCUGGAGUGGCUCAGAUUGAUAUUUUGGCUUUGCACAUGUGGGAGAUGAGUGAGGGAACUGACUACCAUUCAGUAGUCUGGCGCUCCCGCGAAGCUGUGCUGCGUGUUUGAGUUGCAGUUUCUCUGGGCUAGCUGUUCCCACUCACUGUUCAGGUAAAGAUGGCUCCCGCCUCCCGGUUUGGGUCUGAGCCCACAGCUAGGGUUAUCGUCAAGCUCAGCCCUGUGUGCACUGUCCCUCCGUGUACAGAACUGUCAAGUCCCCCUGUGCUUGGAGCUGCACUCAGCCUCACAGCUUACAGUGAGCUGUGUGCCGGAGUCAGGGUGGUCUGCGUACAGUGCUUGGUCAGUCUCCCAGGAACUGGCUUUAGUCACUUAGGCGGAUGGGUGCACAGUGGGAUUGUGGGGCUGAGGAAGUCAUUUGGACACUUGUACAGCCAUGUCCUGUUGAGCAUGUAAGGCGUGAGUGGCCGAGCAGUGACUUGCCUGCAUUAAGGAAAGCUCCACUUCGUUUGAUGUUUGAUGUAGGAGUCUCCCCUCUGCUUCUCAAGUAUUGGGCUCGCAGGCCUAGUUGAACACAGCUGGCCAGGACCCCACAUCCUCUCACACCAACACAGUCCCACACAGUUUUUCUUUGUUUCUAACACAGGGCCUCAUAGCCUCAAGACUUGCUAAACAGCUGAGGAGGGUGGCCUUGAACUUGUUUUCCUGUGCCAACUAAGCUCUCGACAGCCACCACACCUCCUUCUCUGCUAUGUUGGAGAUGGAGUAUGCUGUCGUGCAAAGUAGGCAAGCACCUGCCAACCGUGCUACAUCCUGAACCCAGAAUGUUGUCUAAAGCUCUCUUUGUUGUCUACACAGCAAGCAGAGCAGCCAGCCUUCACCACACCAGGCUCACACAGUGGAAGUCAGUGCGGCUGAGGUCAGCGGAAGGUGACAGUUGGCAGAAGCAGCUCACAUACUCGAUUGUUUGUAGAACAGGGCGCUGCUUUACCCAAUUGAGCCUUGUACUGAGAUGACAGCCAUCUUAGGGAAUUCUGGCUAAGGAGCUAAUGUCGUUUCUAGCUGUGGUCCAUCCUGUCCUUCAGAGAUGGGGACACCUAGCCAGUGCAGUGGUUAUUCACAUGUUCAUAACAGAGCAAAGGGCUGAGGCCCCUGCCAGCCCAAGGCCCCGCUCAGCCCUGUUGCUGGUGCUAGACAGUGGGAGCCAUUCAUGUGCUUAACAGACUGCCUCAGACUCUUUCCUGCCCACCUUCCCCCAUCGAAAAGUAACCGAGGAUCCAGCACCCACAUGGCAGCUUACAAGUCUCUGUAGCCACAGUUCAGGGAAUCCAACACCAUCUUCUGAUCUCCAUAGGCAUCAGGCAUGGAGAUAAAACAUCCAUGCACGCAAGUUAUAGCUGUGGCUGUCCUGGAACUCACUCUGGAGGCCAGGCUGGCCUCAAACUCAGAGAUCUGACUGACUGCCUGCCUCUGGAGUGCUGGGAGCACCACCUCACCUGCUUUACACAUAAGUUUUUAAAUACAAAUAAAAGCAACUUCUCAGCUAGUGAGAGGACUCGGUGGAGGUGCUGAUAGCCACGCCUGAAGAGUGCACGCAGGAAGGUGCAGGCUGUCCUCACUUCCACGUGUGUGCCAUGCGCACCCUCACUGAAUGCGUGAGAGAUGACAGGAAGGCUUGGAUAGAAUGGAUUCAUAGUGUGAGACUUGAGUCUUAAGGAGACGUGGGACAAGCCUCGUUGUUGUUACUGGUUUUAAUCCAAGCAAAAUCUUACUCAGAAAACUAUGAAACAUCUGGCUAUGUUGUCUGUGUCCAGCAAGCUGUGUUGGCUCCACCCCCUUUGGAAUGGCCCAGGCAGUGGUCAGUGAGUAGUGACCACACCCCCUGUGUGUAGGGCAUCUCACCGUCCAGUCAGAGCCCAAGGAGUAGAGUGCCGAUUCCUGUCCACAUUGUUGACCCUGCAGCAGGGAAGAUUAGCCGCUUACAGAGCAAAGUCUGAAUCAGAACUGUCGGCUGUAUAACUCACGGUAGGAGUGCAACAGAAUAAAGGGAAGGGGUCCACACGGGUCCCUGGAGCCGUGGACAGUGAGGCGGAAAGCUUAAGUGCUGAGGCGUGGGUCACUUGCCUGCAGUGUGCUGCUCUGAAGAGAGGGUGAGACAAUCACAGAGGGCUUUGGAAAUACUGCUGCUAACUCUGCACAUGGCCGAGGCAGGUGGCUCUCUGUGAGGACAGCCAGGACUACACAGAGAAACCUUUCUGUCUUGGGAAAAUAACAACAAAAGGCAAAAGAAAAGAAAAUAUUGGUAUGAAGAGAUUGAAGUGAGGGUUCAGGGUUCAGAGCAUUGGCUGUUCUUCCAGAAGACCAGGUUCAAUUCCCAGCACCUGCACGGCAGCUCCCAACCUUCCUUCCGUCUCAGACCUGACUCCCUCUGUGGCCUCCACAGGCACUGCAUGCACAUGCAGACUAAUCCUCCAUACAAAAGCAGACAGAUGCAAUAUAUCUAGAUGUAUACAUACAUGUGUGUGAGACUGAAGUGGACACAAAUGGAUGACAAGACUGCAACAGCAUGUGUGUGACCAGUGAGUCCCCAGCGUUCACGUUGUUCUCUGACCUCGUUAUGUAAAGAGACAUUGAGGCAUAGGUAGGGAAUGCAGAGAUGGUUCCAUGGUUUGAAACAUUUGCCGUUCUUAACAGAGGGAAGACCCCACAUCCGGCGGCUCAGGGCCAUCUGUAACUCCAAGGGCUCCAGCAUCCUCUUCUGCCUCCUAGGGCACCUGCACACAUGCACACAGACAUACCGAGACACGCGUGCAGUAAGGUAGUAAGGAAGGCAUAGGUAGUCCUACACGUGUAUAUUUGACUUGAGAACACAGACGUUUUCUUGAAAGUAGGCAUGCUUCAAGUCAUGCAGUAUGUCCUUGGCCACAUGAGGAGAGCUGCUUUCGAAUUGUUCUAAAUGCCCAGGCAUACUUUACCUGUAGGUGAGGAAACACACGUUCUGAGGGGCUGUGUGCCUUGCCUGGUGUUGCAGCAGGAUACAGGUACACUCUACUGUGGGCGCCACGUCUGAGAGGUCUCUGCCUUCUCCCGGUUGCUGUGCUUGCUUCCCUAGGCCCUCUUGUUGGCUGAAAGGACGGUGCUGAGGACCAACAUGAACUGAGGUGACCGGGUGCCAUCAUCAGGGCAGGAGAGAGGCAGCACUGAGAUGUGCGGAGACAUUCUAGUGCAGAGCUGCCUGUGGUGUCUUCUGGGACAGCAUUCCAUCUGCACCCUGAAGAGAGCAGUGUCCUCCUUACAUUUGAACUCUAGGACAAACAAGCCAAGGACACUUACAGUAGAAUAGAAAGGGCCUGCAGAGUGAGGGGGCACGUGUGCUUUACCUGCUGCUGCCUUCAGUGUGUGGUGCUCGCCUGAUGAGCUGCUGUUGGCACCAGUGGUCGGCAAGAGGUUGGGGUCACCUAGGGUGUAGCCAGAGAAGAAACGAUGCUCUUGGAAAGCCAUGCGAGGUCUCGAGAUGGCUCCCUGCUGCCUGUGUAGUGGGGUUUAACUUGGUAGACAACGCAGAGAUCUCUGGAGGACCCCACUCCUUGAGCACUGGCUGCUUAUGUCAACAGAAUAGCACCUCUGUCGUGUUGGGUCCUCAGCUCUGGGUGAGACCUCGCAGCCCACAGAGAUGGCCCUCCCUAGGAGAGCGGCUGAAGGAGUCAGCCAGGGAAGCUGAUGCCGGCCUGCUUCAGUCCAGGGGUCAGAGAAGACAGGGAUGUGGUCUAGACAGUGCAUACUCACACGGGGAUCCAACUCGGGGCCAGUGAGCCCCUGUGUGGGCAGUUGGCUAAUGGACUCUGCAAGGUGUGCUGUAGAAACAGAGUCCACCUACUGAAGUCAAAGAGGCCAUCUCGUGAGCCACUUCUCUGCGUGCUUUCCACGACCUUCAGAACAAUAAGACAAGGGAAGUGACUCAGGACAGGCGGGAAUGAGUGUGAGGCCAGGCAAGCUGAAGCCAGGGAAAGGAUGGCUGUUUGUCUCAGUUCUGAGAAGCAGGCUGCUGUUUGUCCUGUGCUUCCACUUUAAACUGGAUCACAGCCUGAGCCUCUUCCGCCAAGCCCUGGUUCAGAAGGAGAACACGUGAUUAUCUCUGCUGCCUUCUGCUAACUCCUCCCUCCACUUUGCAAUAGCCGAGAGUGCCAUCUGCCCUCGUGGCCACAGCCCCACCUCACCCCUGUAGUUUUUGAGAAUACAAGUGUGUGUGUGUGUGUGUUUGUGUGUGUGUGUGUGUGUGUGUGUGUGUGUGUGUGAGAGAGAGAGAGAGAGAGAGAGAGAGAACGUGAGAAUGAACGUGUGUAUGUGCACGUGUGCGCACGUGUACCCCACCCAACACUGAGGAGGCACAAGCCGAGAUUGAGGACAGCCUGCAGCCUGGAAUAUACAGCAAGCUCCAGGCCAGUGAGGCAACACAGCGAGACCCUGAAACCCAGCUACGGUGGCUACAUCUAAAGCCAGCGGCUUAGAAGGUGAGGCAGGAAACAUUCCGGUGACAAGCACCCCAACCCAAAAUCAAAGACUGAGACAGCUCAGCAGAAGAGUACAGCCAGGCCCCAGGCUAGAGGUGUCUGGGAGCCGCCAUGAGUGUGCUCAGACUCGAACUUGGGUCCUUCUCAAGCCCUCCUCUAGGACUUCCAUAGUUAUAGGGAAUAAAAAGCCCCCACCAGUGCCUGCUACCUUUCAUGUCACUUAAUUGUAGGCCAUGGCCAGAACCCAGUUAGAGUCCGAUGUUCUAGAUCACGUUUUGGUGAUAGGAUUGGCUGUCCUGUGCAGAUGGUCUGUAUUUGUGUCAGGUGUAGCAACUCCUCACCCACCUGUAGCCGCUGAGAACCUGAGGCCAAGGAGAAAGAAGCAAGAGGGAGCACAGGCCCCGCCCACCCGUGCUCUGGCAGCCCAGCACAUCCUGUACAGAAAGCGCUUGUCAGGGAACUCGGGGUUUGAUGCUUUCCAAUGACUCCAUCUCCUGAAAGCUCCAACGAGCUAGUAAAGGCCUCUCUCAGCCGCUGGUGUUUGCAUUGGCGUGGACUGAGUGUGCGCUUUAAAUCGCCUGAGCAAACAGCGCAGGCCUGGAAAUGUCUUUGUUACGUAGCAGUGCUGAUGACUGAGGCUGAGAGGUCUGUCCAGGAACUAACUAACUAACACACACUCUCUCUCUCUCUCUCACUCUCUCUCUCUCUCUCUCUCUCUCAGCUCUGCGUUAGUUUCUAGUGGGGUUCUAAGGUUGGGUCUGUGAACUUGGGUCAGUGUCUCCUGACGUGGGUGCUGAGCAUUCUCUGCUCUGACAACUCUUACGGCUCCAACAGAGCUGGUCACUGUGAGAGCCAUUCUUAUACCCAGGUGGAAGGGGCUGGGGCUUUUGCUUGUAGCGGGUUGCCUAAGGACCAGACAGUUGUCUGCUCUACAUGGAGGCAGCCCUCAUGGUGUCAGUCAGUUAUGAGUCUCCUGCUCAGCUCUGCCGAUCCCCGUCUUCAAAGUGUCACCAGUGCGCCCUGCCAUGGGCAGGCACAGGUGCCAGAGAAGAGAACAUAGGGUAUGGAGAAUGUGGCGGUCACUAGCUUUUCCUUUCGUGCACGUGUACCUGCUCCCAGGCGCUGGGUGCUCUGGAACACAGGAGUCAUGGGCAGUUGUGAACCGCCGGUGGGCACGCUGGCUGGCACUGAGCACUGGUCCCGGAAGAGCAGCGAGCGUUCCUGACCACUGAGCCACCUCUCCAGCCCCUCUUCCUUUUGAGAUUUUCUCCUUUUUUAAUUCUUAGCAUUUGUUUCUUUGUGUGAAUGCAGUGUGCAUGCCACAGCUCAUGUGAACGUCAGCUUAAUGGUAAAGCGCUGAGCCCCUGAGCAUUUUAAAUCUUUGUUGUCACAGGUACCCAUGUUAGCCCAGUUCUGCUGCCUCAGCCUCCUCCGCACUGGGGUAGACGGCGUUUGUGCUCCCAUUGGCUUCUUUGGUGGAUAGUGGGAGUCGGUCUGAGCCAGCCUUAACUGCAUAGCUGUGGUUGACUAGCACAAGCAGAAGUCUCCUCUUGCUUAUUCCUCUGCCUCCCAAGUGCUGGGACUGAGGGUGUACGCCACUGUGCCUGACAGAUUUCCUUACUUUUUAGAGAUCUCCUUGCCCUAGGAGAGGCCAGAAAGAACCCGGCCCCCAGCAUCUCGUCUAGGUUCUAGCACUGACUGUUAGGCCCCGAGGAGGCCAGGAAGCGUUAAAUCCUUACUCAACCGAGCCCCUUCACCUGCUUAUAGAACUUCAGUUAGUGUUUGGUUUGGUUCGGUUUGGUGGCAUGAGACAGUUUCUAGCUGAAGACUGCUUUGUAUAGGCUACAUGCACCCUCUAGCAGCUGAGCCUAAUCUCUGGCCCUCAGAGAUCACGGAAGGACAUGCUGGGUGGACCCCUCAUGGCAGGUUUCUUAGUUGGAACAGGGAAAGGUUAAAGGCUGGCAGUGCUUGUUGGCCCUGGGUACCAAGGAUGGGCAGAGGAGGGAGGUUAGGUGAGUGAAUGAAAAGGAGAUGGGGGUGGAAGGAUGGAUGCUGGAUGGUUAGAGGUUGAGGGGAGAGGACAGAAACGUGGCUGACAGGAUGGAUAGGCUGGGGCGGAUGCAGAAAGGUUGGAUGGGUUGUGGCCAGACAGAAGGUACUGUUACAGAGAUCAGAAUAAAUGGUUUUAUAAGGCACUCAUAACUUUUAAGUAGUUUGACAAGAUCAUAAGGCUGUGAACCCCAGGUUACCCUGGCAUGGUCCUCAUGCCUGAAGUAGGUGUCUACACUCAUCCUUUGGCAGUGCAGGAAUAAAUAUGUCUUUGAACUUUAGCACAUUUUCCCAGGAAAAUGACCCUGCCACACUGUCACCCAGCAGGUAGAAGGGAUGAGUUUGACUAUUUUGAUUUGGCUGGUUGGUCCAGUUCCUGUUGAUAAGACCCUCGGAUCUGAUCACGUUGGUCAGUCUCCAGCCCUAGAUGGCCAGUCCUCAGCAGGGCCCCAGCACUUGAUAUGUGCAGUCCAGUAUCAGGCCAGCACUUCCUGCUAAACCUUGUACUCGUCUGUGUUUGCACUGGGUGAGCAAAGCUAGGAAGAGGAUGAGCAGGCCUCAUGUUUGCUGUCCUUGGGGGCGGGGGUGCUUCCCUGAUGGCAGCAAGCACUCGUCUUUAUUAGCCUGUGUGAACCUUUGUGUUUACUUAAGCCAGAUCACAAAAGCGAAAUAAAGACAGGCAUGUGAAGGUCGCCAUGCUGUGGUUCAUCUACGCAAGUUUUCAAGUAGAGGGAGAUUAACCCAGAUGGUCUCUGGGAAAUGUCCCUCCUAAGGGACUUUCGGCUCCUUUCUGGCACCUCACCCCGAAGAUAAAAGACAAGAGCUGAGUCCGCAGCAGAGUGAUGAGUCCCUUCCUUCCUUUUUAGUGCAGUGUGAAGGAUGGGUGGGGCGGUCUGUGUGCUAGUAUAAGUUCGAGUGUUUUAAAUCUAGAAAUGCAGAACAUGGCAUUUCAAAUGCCGGUAGGAUUCCUCAAGUGGAAGAUUCUACACUAAGAACCCCUGUUUGAUUUAAAAAAAAAAAAAUGGUCAGAGAGUAAGCCAUGUGUGAUAAAAUGUCAAUAAACUGUUUGGUCUUGGGUCCCAGCCCCAGCCAGCUUGUUAAGUGUGUGCAGAUAUUCCAAAGCCGGGGGGGGGGGGGGGGGACGGUCAGGCCCAAGCACUUCCAGCACGGGUCAGUUCGCAUCUCUCUGACACCACAGUGGGACUCCGUAUGAACGGGCCUCACGGAGCCUCCUGGACUGGCUGUGACUCUCGCUGCUGCUCAUGAGGCUGCCUCAUACGGUUGUUGGUGUUGGGUUUGCUUGGCAGACUGUGUCAGAAGUCCAGAUCUUUCCCCACAAAUACUAAGGCUUGACCCUGGCAGCACCUGCUGGGCCUGUUCUCGCCGAGCCCCUCUUUGGUGCACAGAUCUUUGGUGCUAGAUCUUUAAGUUGUUCUUGAAGAAGAUAAGGAUGGGUUUGCAUGAACUUGCAUGCAUACAGAACAAAGUAUUUUAGAAAGGUGGCCAGCUUGUGGCUCACAGUAGUCAACACUGCCCCUCAGACAGAUCGUUCAGGACCUGACCCAGCUGCCUGAAUAUUCACCUGGCUGGAAGUGAGGUGAACGAUCUCUUCUCUCAGGGGCAAAGAGGAGACGUCUUUGCUGCCUGUGUGUGGAGCUUGUGUUCCAUGGAGAGCCUCACUACCUGCGUGCUGGCACUGGUUUAUGCUCGGGCUGCCCACAGUCUUGACAGCUAUUCCUUGCCAAGCCUUCACUACUGCAGGCCUGAGCUGUCCCUCCUCCUCUGGCAUAUGUGGUAACAGCUCCAAAGAGAAACUUGUUUCUCUGCAUUUUUGAGUUAGCUCUAGGAAGAAUUGGCCUUUAGAUAUGGAGCCAGUAGGACAGUUUUUCUUCUUCUUCUUCUUCUCCUUCUUCUUCUUCUUCUUCUUCUUCUUCUUCUUCUUCUUCUUCUUCUUCUUCUUCUUCUUCUUCUUUCUUCUUCUUUCUUCUUUCUUCUUCUUCUUCUUUCUUUCUUCUUCUUCUUCUUUCUUUCUUCUUCUUUCUUCUUCUUCUUCUUCUUUCUUCUUCUUCUUCUUCUUCUUUCUUCUUUCUUCUUUCUUCUUCUUUCUUCUUCUUCUUCUUCUUCUUCUUUUUUCUUUUUUUCGGAGCUGGGGACCGAACCCAGGGCCUUGCGCUUGCUAAAUCUCCAACCCCAGUAGGACAGUUCUUUACUGGAUGGGUGUACUCACAUCAUGGUUGGCACGGCCGUAGGACUCAGAAAGGGGCGAGGGUGGCUUUCUCCACCAUGCUGGUGCGCUGAGUUUUGUUUGGGUCAGAGUUCGCUCUCUGGUACCGUCUGGUGCUGCGUCAUCCCCUGCCAGCUGUGCGCUGCUACAGACGAUGUGAGAGAGAGAGUUGGGGCUAGGGAGGUGGCUCAGUGGAUAAAGUGGAUGAAGCGGGAGCAUGAGGAACUAAGUCUGUCCCCAGCAUCCACAGCAGAGCUGGGUGCAGUGGCCUGUCCCUGAGUCUAGUGCAGGGGAGCUGGAGACACAAGGGCCUUAGGGCUUCCUGGUCAGUGUGACUAGAUGGGGAGCUCUGUCUCCACACCCGUGUGCAUGUGUGCACAGCCGUCACUAGAUGCCAGGCAAGAGUGAACACCGCCUGCACUUCAGACCCCAGCUUCCAGGCUGGGCUUGGUGUUGACCACCAGCGCCUGUGCACUGGCUUGUGGAACUGUAGCGGAGUCUGAGGUGUGGAUGGGCCUGGGCCUGGCUGCUGGCUCUCUCCAAGCCUAUUAGGAAAAGCGCUUUCCCAUGUGGCCUCCUGCCACACAGGAUGCCCGACACGCUGUGGUGGAACCCUCAGCAGUCUCCCCUCUGCAACUGGUGCAGUGUUGCCUGUGUCCUGUGGUCUCCUUACGACAUGUGAUCCUGCACAAGGUGGUUUCCAAAGAGAUGGCUCCGUCCUCCCUCCCUCAAAGUGACAGUAGUUAAAUUGUCCCUCAGCCCCCUUUGCACAGUUAGACAUCGGCUCUGUAGCUAUGCUGCUCUUGAUUUGAAAGAGAAUUACAUGGGCUUCGUCUUUCCAGAAGACCCAGAACCUCAGUUAGUAGAGAAUCAAGGACAGCCAUAAGCUGAGCCAGUCAGACACAUACACGGCUUGGUCUGGGUCCAACACCAACUAGGUGUCAUUUGGAGAGCUCACGUCUAUCCCUGUCCCUGCCCAGCGCACACAUCUCAUCUCCACUGUUACAUGGGGCAUGAGGGAGUCAACACACAGUAGCAUUCACAGACAAGCCACAGGCCUGGGGUGCAGGGGUGCUGUGGGCUGGGGCUGGGUGGGUCCCUCAUCUGAAGGAAGCCUGGCCUUUCCCUUUGUGCUUCUCUCCUGCUCAGACGUCCGAACACCGUGUUACUUCCCAGUCUGAAGAGCCUAAGCUUCCUCCGCUGUUCAGGCGGGCGAAGAGCUGCUGGGAAGUGCGGAGUCAGGGCUGCUGCCUUCAGCCACUCUGUGCUCACCACAGGCCCCUGUGAGCCACCAAGGGCUGCGGCUCUGACUCCCGAGGUGGCCACAGCCUCCGUUUAGUUCCCUGUUGGAGAUGUGGCUAGGGAGGGCCCAGGCAUGUGGCAUCUGGGCAUCCUAAACAUCAACCCCUUAGUUCCCAGUGCCUGCCUUUCAGGCAGGUUCAUCCCCACUGUGGGAUGGAGCAGCAUUUGUCUCUGGAUCUCAGACUCAGUGGGUGCUGUUGAUGCUCUCCCUGGUCACACACAUACACGCACACACACACACACCACACCACACACACCACACACACACACACACCACACACACACACACCACACACACCACACACACACACACACACACACACAGUACUUUCUACUGAAAAAUCUCACGCUCCUAUCCUGGGUAGCUUUGGUGGCGUCCGCUGGCAUUUUCCUUGGCUUCUGGUUUUCAGCGUCCUGAGCCUGGCACUGUGUUAUGUGGCUACCUGGAAAGUGGGGAGCCACAUGGAGGAGCCAGGUGGUGAGGGAAGUGUGGUGAGUGAGCAGAGUCCAGGGCCUCACAUCCACCACCACUGGCCACCCACCCGCGCUUGGAGCCUCCAGGCUGUGACAAGUGAAUGGAUGGUCCAGGUACUCGUGUGCCCUGCCCUCCAAAAACCAAAAAGAGCUAGUGAACCAUUUACAAACCUGACUUACAGGGCCUGACCCUCCGGGAAUUCGCUUGUCAGGUGCCUGUCCUUGUUCGGUUACUAAAUUAGUGCCUUCUGAGAGCCAGGCACCACACUGGGCCCUCAGAGUGGCCCUGUCUCCGCUGUAGCCACAUAAUUCUGUUUAAAGAAAAGUUUAAUUUCUGAAAGCAUGCUGACUUUGCCUACAUUCCUUCAAGUAGACGGGAAGUGUCCCAUUCCUUCCCAUUGUAAGUUAUGCCUGGAUCGGGAUUCUCCGGCUGGAUGUCAAGCACAGGUUGGUUGUCUCUGGUCACUUGUGGGAUGGCUGGAUCCGUGUGUUCUCCACAGAGGUGGUAGAGUGCACAGCCCACCCUAGAGCUAGCUGGUUACCUGUUACCUUUGACCUUUCAGGUCUUUGCUUUGAGUGAGUCCUCCUGAAGAAAGGGAGGCACAGUCCUGCCGCUCUUCUAGGGCUAACUUAGCAUUAGUCUCCUUGUUUGUUUCCCUGCGUAGCCCUGGCUGUCCUGGAACUCAUUGUAAACCAGGCUCCAACUCAGAGAUCCUGCCUCUGCCUCCGGGCGCCGGAUUAAAGGUGUGCACCAUCACUGCCCAGCAGAGCUUGGUUGUUGAUACCGGGCAGACAGGAUGGAGGUCUUCACCACUCAACAAGGAGCAUAGGCAGCGCCUUUGGGAUGAGGAGGCUCACGAAUUCCAGUCCUGGGGCUGGCCAGGGAGCUCAGCAUUCAGAGCACUUGGUGCCCGUGCCAGCGAUACAGGUGGCGUCCGCGCACUCACCUGUAGCCUCAGCUCCAGGGCACCACCCUGCACCUGCUCCUGGGCUCCAUGGGCUCCUGCACGUAUGUGCUGUGCAUGAACUCACAGAGGCACAGCCAGAAUAACGUCAGUGUACAUGAGGUCACAUACAGAGACCCUGCCUAAGGCAAGACAGAAGGAACAAGGGAAGUCAGCAUCCAGUGGUCUGAAAUGUGGCAGGAGGGACAGCGCUGGUCCCAGAUACGCUGCUGAGGCCUUCUAGCAGCUGCCACCACACAGACCUGGUAGGCACUUGCCACCUUAUUUCCGGGAUGCAAAUGAGGAAUAGGGACAGUGUGGGGCAGGUCCCGGAACCAUGUGUGUGCUGUUUUUACAUGUACCCAUUUUGUGCGUGCCACAGCAUGCAUGUCAGAGUCAGGGGACAACCUGUAAAGUCAGUUCUCGUUCCACCUGUGGAUGCCGGGAACUGAACUCAGGGCAUCAGGCCUGGCAGCAGGUGGCUUCAUCCACUAUGUGUCACAUUGCAGUGGAGAGCCUGUUGUCAAGGAUACGUGAACGAUUCGCAGCCUAGCAGGAAGAAAGUGAGCAUCCGUAGAACUGCAUCACGGGACAGCAGUGUCUCUGGCCUCUGGCUGGCUGUGGGGCUCAGUGGGAAACAACAGCUUUCCACAUCCUGGCCCGUGGGCUGAUGAGAUGCUCAGCGGCCAGGGCGGUGACCCCCGUGCCUCUGACGGGGCUGGCUUUGCUUGUCAGGCAGCACCAGGAGAUUCCGUCACUCACUGUCCUCACUCUCUUUCAGGGGCUCCACGGGCCUUACCCCUUCGGCCAGUCUUAAACGGGUGUCAGCAA